AUGGAUCGGUCGAACCGCCUGGUAGCGAUCCGACAUUCCAUUGUCUGGCAGAGAGUCCCUGUUGCAGUGUCCUGCGCAUGCUUUGUAGCCCUUCUCAUGCCUUCAUGGCGAGAGUCUGAGCUUGUUGUCUCGGGUUUAUUUCUUGCCGUUGUCCUGCUCGCUUGCAUGGAGAAACUGGCAGCAACAGCAAACACGGUGGCUGUGGAAAGAGACUGGGUCAUCAUUGUUUCAGACAACCUAGCAAUCGAGAGGCAAGAUCUGAAUGCAUCGAUGAGACGGAUAGAUCUAUUCUGCAAGCUUGUGGCCCCUGUGGUGAUAUCGCUCUUCGAUAGCUUGUCUACAAAGGUUGCGGUCUGGACGGUUUUGGGAGUGAAUGUUCUUUGUGUUUUUAUUGAAUACAUUGCCAUUGCUCAGGUGUACAAAGCGAUACCGGAACUCCUGCGGACUGCUACAGUCCCGACUGAUUAUGGAAGUGUAGCUGUCGAAGAUGCACCCGAACAUCCCACGGCGAACCAACAGAGUUUGAUUAAAAGUGCAAUUCACCUGGCCAAACGGGCUGCUUCACCCUGGCGAGAGUAUGUGGCUAGUCCCAUCUUUCUGGCAUCCUUUGCCUUGAGCCUGCUCUACCUUACCGUACUCUCCUUUGGCACCACGAUGGUCACAUAUCUCUUGCAUACGGGAUUCGAUCCUCUGCAGGUCAGCUGUAUGAGAAUCGGCGCUGUCCUCGCGGAAUUGUCUGGCACAUGGGCUGCUCCGUUCAUCAUGGGCAGGAUCGGGCCCAUUAGGUCGGGACUGUGGUUCCUCAAUUGGCAGCUUGGCUGUUUGGCCACUGCAGCACUGGCUUUUGCCUUGUAUGACUCGAACUCUCGGCUGGUAGCAGUGAGCCUCAUCUUGGGAGUUGCUUUGAGUCGGAUUGGUCUUUGGGGGUUUGAUUUGUCGGUCCAAUUUCUCGUUCAAGAGGGUGUCGAAGAAGAUGCCCGGGGGCGAUUCUCUUCCACCGAAAUGAGUGUGCAAAACGUCUUUGAGAUGCUCUCAUUUGCAACCACAAUAGUUUUUCCGCGUCCGGAGCAAUUCAAGUAUCCCGUCUUUAUCAGUUACGGGGCGAUUGCGUUGGCAGCCAUAUGCUUUGCGGCAUACGUGAGAAAAGAGCGAGGACAUUUGCUGCACAUGUCCAAGUGUUGGGGUGGCGAUAAAAUGCGAAGGUCGUAUCAGGCACUUCCCGGAGGCUUAUAA